UACAAUAUAUGGAGAUAAUGUGAAUUUUAGAAUUCUAAUGUAAAUUUUAGAAUUCUUUUAGUGUUUCCCUUUUUAAGUGUUCAGCCAAUAAAUUUCGGAUACACGAAAUGAGUUGACAGAGGGUGAUUUGGAAUUAAGAUGAAUAUUUUGUUUUUCGUAAGUCUUCUUUCCUUAUCAUGUGCAUUUCCGUCCCAGUCCAGAAAACGAAAUAUUCAGGACUCUCUAACUGAAGAAUUAGUGCCAAUUCAGAUAUUACUCACACAAGACCAUGCUCGAAGGAAACGGUCGGCCCACACAUUUCCGGAUAAACUGCUCUUUAAAUUCACCACCAGUGACGGCGAUGUGCGAUUAGAUCUAACCAGAAAUGAUUUGGUCAAAGUUCCUCCAAUUCUCUUGUGGACCGGCGGACGAGUGGUCAAUGACACAAAAUUUAGUUUACAGAGAGAUUUUGCCUUGUAUCAAGGCACUGAAAUGGGAGCCAAUGCAUUGGUGCGUUUUCCUGAAGAUGACUAUACAAGGUUUGAAUUGCACGCAAACUACAUCAUCGGGACAGAUUUUUACUCCAUUGAACCGGUGACUUCCAGAACGAGGCGGUCUGUUAAGAUCGUGGAACCCCCAUUCUCCAACACCACCCCUCACCCUGCCACUAUCCGGAUCCACAAUGUACUGAGGCUGGAAAAGGAUUCCCUCGACUUCGGGAACGAUAUGUUUAUUAUUAACAACGAACCCUCUCAGUCGGAUGGACUAAGACCACAGAGGGUGAUGGAGGGUUCCAUGCCUACAUCAUCCACGCAAGGACCAUUUAUCAUAGAUCCCGGCAUGGGGUUCAGUGAAAGGAAAAGAAGAGAAAGCAAUGAGUUUGCAAAGAGCCACAGAUGGAACAAAAGAAGUACUAAUCAGUUGUACGUGGAGUACUUGGUGUGUGUAGACUACGCGAACUUCAUCAUCUGGAAGUCCAUGUCAAAUGCAACCAAUGACAACCAAAGAAAUGAAGAAGCCAAAAAUGCAAUAACCAAAUACUACCUCUAUCUUGUAAAUGGGAUAGACACCCGAUUUAAGACGGCGCAGACCCCUCAGGGCGACUUACGUGUGGCUAUAGCUGGAAUUGUACUGGCAAUGGACCAGAAGUCGUCCAAUUGGACAGAGAACAAUGUGAUUAGUGGGAAUAAGGUGUAUGAUGGAAACACUCUGAUGGAUUUCGCCAUUUGGUCCAAUGCCCAGAAAUCGGUGUUACCAAGACACGAUCAUGCUGCUUUGUACACGGGGUAUAAUCUGGCAGAAACAUCGACAGAUGACAGAACUAUAGGUAUUGCCUAUCUGUCCAGGGUAUGCAAUUCUUACGCAGCAUCCGUUAAUGAGGAAACAUUUAAUGCCAUCGCCAUUCACAUAGGUGCUCACGAGCUUGGUCACAGCAUUGGUGCAUCACAUGACACGGGGGCGUGUCCGUCCAGUAAUUUUAAUUUAAUGGCGGGAAUUUUACCAAAUCCCGCCAAUCUUAGUCCCGAUAUGGCGCUAAACACGUACAAAUUCUCGGCUUGCUCAAGAGCAGCAAUUGGGACCUACGUUAGCGGUUUACUUGAAAAUUGUUUGAGUAACAUGCCACCAUACUUGGAUGUGGUCACUCGAGAGAGCCAAGCCUUCACAGCAGACGAACAAUGCGCGAUGACGUAUGCACCAUCUGUUGGUUCCACAGUCUGUCGGGAAACGUAUACUGGUACUAUACUCAAGUGGUCAGAAAUUUGCCACAAACUACGAUGUCGUAUUCCAGGAAGUACUUCAUGCUCGGCCCAUUUUACGUUUGAUGGAACCCCAUGUGGUAAUUACAAGUGGUGCCAGCUUGGACAGUGUGUCAGUUCUACAAAAGCUCUGGAUGUGCCAGACAACUGUCCACUGGGUGAUGACCCCAGCUAUAACUGUGAUGUCUCUCUGUGUAGUCAGUACUCGCAAAAUGUCCGAGAGGGGAGUUGUUGUCACACAUGUUUAAUUGGAACAACAACUACUAAUAUACCAACGACCUCGACACCAACUACAACAACAACACCAACAACAACAACAACGCCUACAACAACAAUGCCACCUACAACGACCAGGACACUUACUACAACAAUAACACCUACAACAACAACAACGCCUACAACAACAAUGCCACCUACAACGACCAGGACACUUACUACAACAAUAACACCUACAACAACAACAACACCCACUACAACAACAACGCCUACAACAACAACAACGCCUACAACAACAACAACAACGCCCACUACAACAACAACACCUACAACAACAACAACAACGCCCACUACAACAAUGCCUACAACAACGCCUACAACAACAACGCCCACUACAACAACAACGCCUACAACAACAACAACGCCCACUACAACAACAACACCUACAACAACAACAACAACGUCCACUACAACAACGCCUACAACAAUGCCUACAACAACAACGCCUACAACAACAACAACGCCCACUACAACAACGCCUACAACAACAACAACGCCCACUACAACAACAACACCUACAACAACAACAACAACAACAACGUCCACUGCAACAAUGCCUACAACAAUGCCUACAACAACAACGCCUACAACAACAACAACGCCCACUACAACAACGCCUACAACAACAACAACGCCCACUACAACAACAACACCUACAACAACAAUGCCUGCAACAACUCCGACCACUACAACACCGACCACAACAACAACAACGAUGUCUUCAACAACUCUGCCUACAACAACGAUGACGUCUACAACAAUGUCUUCAACAACACUGACCACUACAACAACUACAACCACAACAACACCUUCAACUACAUCAACAUCUCUUACAACAACAACGACGACGUCUACAACGACAACAACACCGACAACUACAACAACACCAACAACAACACAAACUACAACAACACCUGUAACAGCAACAAUGCCUACAACAGCAACAGAGACUACAACAACACCAACAACAACAAUGCUGACUACAACACCAACCACAACUAUUAAACCAACCACAACACCUGCAACUACAUCAAUGCCAACGACAACAACAUCAUCAACCACAAUACCACCAACUCAAACUACAUCAACACUAACAACAACAAUUUCAUCAACAACACCAACCUCAACAUUAACUUCAUCAACUCAGACCACAACAUCAACCCCAACUACAUCAUCUAAAACACCAACCACAACAAUGGUACAGACCACCACAACAAAAUCACCUUCUACAACAUCACCAACAGCAAUAUUGACAACCACUGAAAAAAUACCAACCAUCACAACACCAAUAUCAACAACAUCAAUGCCAACACCGACAACUACCACAGCACCAAUUAAAACAAAAUCAACCACAAUUACAUCAGAAACACCUACCUCAACAUCCGUACCUAUCACAACAAGCGACCACACAACCACAACAAAAGCAACCACACCAAGCACAGUGACAACAACCUCACCCAUAAUAAAAACUUCAAAAACAACCUUCACAGCAACUUCAUCACCUAAACCAACAAUGACCAGUCCCCCAACCUCUGUACCAACCUUACAAACAACAGAACAAACAUCAGAACAGACAACCAUUGAAACAACCACAGACAGCACUGAUGAUGUGAUAAUUAAUUUUAUGCAGCAAGCCAACUUCUAUCAUUUAACAAAAAUAGCUUUAUUUCAAGCACUUGUAGCCAACAUUGUGUGACUUGAUAAACUCAAUUCCAUUAUCUACAUACAAGUAACA